AUGCCUUCCACGUUCAGAGCCUCGCGCUCAGGGCGACACCUCGACGGCGCCCCAAACCGCACCCGAACCGGCCAAAUCGAUCACGAUGUCUUUGAGGGAUUGCCCGUCCGUCGCUGGUCCCGACAGCAGCACACCUUUUCUCAAGCGCCCAAACCUGAUGACUCGGAGUUCGGCGUUCAAGGCCCAGGCGGAGGACCAACGCUACCAGAGCUCCCCAUGCCAAGAGACAGCCAGCUCUUGCCGCCAAUCAGUCGCGCACUCCUUCGAGCAGCCCGUGCCGGAUGUAUCAAUAUCCGCCAAGGCAGUCGAGCAGCCGAUGACGAGGAGAAGAGCGUGGCAGAUGCGGAAGACCCGGCUUCGGCAUCUCAUAUGGCCGAUCGGAGCUUCACGACUCGCAAAUGGAUGACGCUUCCCAAGCACCUCGAGCCUGCGGAGGUGGAGUUCCUGGCAAAGAGGCGACCUGGUCUUUCAUCUCUUUAUGGUGUCACUGCUGGUAUAGAUGGAAAUUCCGCUUCUGGGCCCAUGAGGAGGACGAAAUUCAAGAAAGUUGAUCCUGAAACAGGCAACAUCUCUAUCUACGAGGCGUGGGUGCCCGAGGGCCAUCGUAUUGAGGGAGAGAUCACUGGCGACUUACAGACGAUUGCCGAACAGAGCCAAGUACCUGUGAAGCCUGAGGCGCCUGCACCUGGAACAGUCGUCGAGGGGGUCGGCGUCGUCAAUGCUGAGGGGGUUGUUGUUGCGGAGGCUGGAUCAGCAGCUGUAAUGACACCUCCAAAGCGACGUCCACCUCCACCUAAACGAAAGGGCAGAGGCAUUGGAAAGGGCCGGAAGAAGAAGGUCAUGUUUGCGCCUGGCGAAGGAGCUGAUGCCUCGACAGUACAUGGAGUUUGUCCUGCUACUGGCAGUGGGGAGGGUGGCGUCAAGAGAGAAGGCCAGCAGGAGUCCAUUGACCAGGCUGGUCAAGACGAAGACGAUGAAGACGGCGACGAGGGCGAUGAGAGCGACGAGGGUGAAGAUUCCAUGAUGGAUGCGAAGACCCCUGAUACCCCGCAGCCUCUGUCUGGCACAGAGUUUGUGGAUCAGACUUCAUUCGAAACUCCUGCCGAGCAGUCAGUUGAUGUCCACAUGUCAGAUGCAGUUCCUGAAAACCAGCCUCCUGCUCCCGAGAUUUCCACAUUAGCCGAAAAGGAGAAGCAAAACCAGCCUGAAAAGACCUCAGAGGUGGAUUUCGGCGCUCUGGCUUCCAAUGUCCCUUCAGAGAAGGCCGAGCUCGCUGACUCAAGUGGCAAGCCUGUCGUUUCGGAGUAUGGGAAGGCUCCCACUUCUCCCGCCAGAAUUGCCGCAACGAUAAGCGAACCCACCGAGCCUCCAGCUGCAGUUGGCGAAGCCCAAAACUCAGAUUCCAAAGUGCAAGGGGAAGGGGAAGCCGCAGAGCCGACGGAUGACCUUACACCAAAGGAAGAAGCUGCUCUCCCAAGCUACCAGGAAAGCGCGACUGCCCUUCCGCCUGUCAGCCACGAAACAUCCUCCGAACCCCAAGUAGCACGACCUUCGACCCAAUUGCAGACACCUGAGCAUCCAGAGCUCGAGCAGACUGCCGCAUCAACCGAUGCAUUGGCGGAGACUCGGGAUCCUCAGCAGAUUCCAAACGAAUCCAUUUCCCAUCCCGACAAUCCAGAACAGCCCUCGACAGCUAUCGAGCGCGAACAACCAAACCUCUCUGAUGCUUCUGGGCCUAAUCUACACUCAAACGAAGCAAAAGAUAUCGAGAUAGGAGAUGCCCCGGCACCGGAACAAAGCCAAGGGCUAGAUUCCCAGUCUCCCGCGAACCCAGACUUGUCUCAAGCACCGCCGAUCGCAGAGGAUACACAGCCCAAGCCCACUUCAGCGGAGUCCACUACAGCUACUGCUACGGACGAAAGGACAGAAGCAGCAACCCAAAGUGUCGCCGCCGAACCGGAGCCGCAAGAAUCUAGCGGAGCUAAGGAAGCCAAUAACGAACUUGAGAAGCUCCCAGAUCCGAUCCCACAGGCUGGUCCAUCUGAGUCUACAUGA